GAAGGGGCCGCGCGCGGACACCGGCGCCGCCAUCAUGGCGGCCUGAGGCGCGGCGGGCUCGGCGCCGGGAGCGGCGGGGCGGGAGGCCGGGAGCCGACAGAUUGAAAACCGAGAAUGGCAGGGGAACAGAAACCGUCCUGCAAUCUUCUAGAGCAGUUUAUUUUACUGGCCAAAGGUACAAGUGGCUCAGCUCUGACUGCUCUUAUAAAUCAGGUGCUGGAAGCUCCUGGGGUUUAUGUCUUUGGAGAGCUGUUGAAGUUAACAAACGUGCAGGAGCUUGCUGAAGGGUCCAAUGCUGCUUAUUUCCAGCUGCUGAACCUGUUUGCAUAUGGAACAUACCGAGACUAUGUAGCAAACAAAGACAACCUGCCUGAAUUAACAGUGACUCAGAAGAACAAGCUGAAGCACUUGACAAUCGUAAGCCUGGCGUCCCGAAUGAAGUGCAUUCCCUAUUCCGUGUUGCUGAAGGACCUGGAUAUGAGGAAUCUGAGGGAGCUGGAAGAUCUGAUUAUUGAAGCGGUUUAUACAGAUAUUAUCCAGGGGAAGUUGGAUCAACGAAACCAGGUGUUAGAGGUGGAUUUUUGUAUUGGUAGAGACAUUCAGAAGAAGGACAUCAGUAACAUUGUCAAAACACUCCAGGAAUGGUGCGAUGGUUGUGAGGCGGUUCUUUUAGGAAUUGAGCAGCAAGUACUUAGAGCCAACCAGUACAAAGAGAACCAUCACAGAACUCAGCAGCAGGUAGAGAUGGAGGUCACAAACAUAAAGAAAACAUUAAAAGCUACAGCCUCGUCGUCGGCACAGGAGAUGGAACAGCAGCUGGUAGAGCGAGAGUGCCCUCCACACACAGAACAAAGGCAGCCCACAAAGAAGAUGUCCAAAGUCAAAGGGCUGGUCUCCAGCCGCCACUAGAACAUACCAUCUAAAUUGUCAUUCAGUUAGGAAUGACAACAGGAGGAGCAAAAAGGGCCUGCAACUCCUUUUUUCAGUGGGUUCUGGGCCAGUCCCUUCCAGGCUGGCAGAUAAAAGCUCUGUUGAAUACAGCUCCCAGUUAGCAGCACCUGGCUAAGUUACACUGUGCUGCCCCUAUGAAGUUUCAGGGUGUCCCUGUUCUGGUCUUCCGAAGAGGGACUUUUAAAGAAAGGGACUAACCAAAAGGGGCAGGAAAAAACCAAAAUAUCUGUGGACAGUUUUGCUCCCUCCCAGCUAGUUUUAUUGCUGCUUAACCUUGAGGAAGCUGCUGUACUAAAUCAGAUCUUGGGAGAGCUUCUAUAGCAAGUGUCUGAAUCCCAGGGUUGAAGUGUGGCUACCAAAGCCGGGCUGGGAGUGAGGAAGCCAUCAACACAGAUCUUUUCAUUCCCAAAGGGAGCGCAGGAAGGUUUCUAGGCCAGGAACUGCUUUACAUGGUAGUCUUCAGCUUUUCUGCUACCCCUGUCUGUUUUAAACUGGGGUGAAAUUCACACUACCUCGCUCUGUGAAGGUGAGAUCCAGUGCUGGGCUGUUUACUUAACUGUCUGUUUACUGCCAUUACUAAGCCCGUUUAUCUCUCCCAGAUUUAAAGCACUGUUCUGCAUCUCUUGAGGCAUCAAUACAAUAAGGAGGAAGCAGGCUGCUCUUUCUCGACUUCCUUCGUGCAGGUGGUCAGGGGCAUGCUAGAAACUGUUCCUCCUGAAUGUGAUGUGACCUCCCAGAGCUGCCUGUGAGUUGUUUCCCCCAUUGAUACCUUCGGAGGGUAAUGCAUUCGCUCUUCCUUGGAUGCUGGCGACAGUGGUCUGCACGGGAGAGGAGCCUGUUUGGCACCAAGGCAGGCUGGUGGCCCAGGACCCACUGGCAGGGGUCGCAGCAGCAUCCCCUUGCUGAAGCAAUGGACUUGACUAGUUUUUCUGAAUUUUGAACACUUUCAGGUUGUAUUUUCUUCCCUUGUUUUUUGUACAUUGUUGUGAUUCUAAAGCAUUUCAGCCUUUGUUUUGUGGGGUUUUUUUAUUUGUUACAGACUAACUUCAGGUGAUUUGCACCUAGUUUGUCAAGGUGUGGGGUUGUUUGUUUUUUUUUUUUAAGGGGGAAGAAUUGGAACAGCAAUUCAUGAAAAAGCACAUUUUAGAAAAAAAAUUAAAAAUGGUGAUUUAA